AUCGUGUAGAAGUAAACUCUCAAUUGUUUGCCAUGAAAAUUUCAAAAAGUCUGAUUGUUUUGGGAUGUAUUUUGUUUGCCACUUUUGGAUCUUGUUGUCAAUAUGGAGGGAAAACAUAUCGAAAUCAUUGCUAUAUGUAUUUUAGUCAAAAAGUUAACUGGUUUGAGGCCCAGAUGCUUUGUCGACAACGUGGUGGCUAUUUAGUUCAUAUUGACAACUACUGGGAAAACAAUUGGCUUGCAAAACAAUACAGAGAUUACCGUUGGAUUUGGAUCGAUGCAACUGAUAUUGCUAGAGAAGGACACUGGAGGUCGUGGUAUACUGGUAAAGCAGUGUUUACGAACUGGUCAAGAGGGAACCCUAAUAACGCGGGUAAAAUUCAACACUGUGCAACGUUGAACUGGGGAGGCGUUGGACUAUGGGAUGACGAUUACUGUUUCAAAGGACACCCUUUCAUUUGUGAAGCACAAAAAACUGAAUGCUGAAUGCGAAUAAAGAGUGAAGAUAAACGUACAUGUGUAUGUCUGAAUAAAUGGCAUUUCAUUCUA